AAGGCUAUCACCGCAAACACCAUGGCCCGCAUCGGAAACAUAACCCUCGACCCCGCCGGUCCUCCGAAAGGACCAGCUGUCGACACCGUCAAGGUUGUCAAGACCGAUCAGCUGCCUGUCUCAAAGCCCGUCCCAGAGGAAGACCAGAGUGAAGAGGACGACAUCAUGUUUAUCUCCGAUGCGAAGAUGAAGAUCGUCGAACCCAAGAAGACCGUCGAGCCCAAGAAGCUCGCUAAACAUCAGGACGCCAUCACCCUCAAGAAGCCCGCCGGUUCCGUGCAGCCGCCCGAGUCUGUCCGCGACCCCACCGGUAAGGAACCUGGCUCUGGAUCCGCGCAAGCACCGAAGACCCCCAGAAACCAAGUUCAAAAGAAGCCGGCCGUCAAGUCCGUCAAGUCCGCGCAAGCACCGAAGACCCCCGGUAACGUAACUCAAAAGAAGCCGGCCGUCGAGUCUGCCACUGUCUCCAAGCCUCCCGUAUCAGAGAUGGACGCCGCCGAAAUCGAGCGCGAAGUCGGUCUCAAUGAACUUGUCAAGCAGAAGCUCAAUGAGGUCGAAGAGAAAACUCGCGAUAUGGAGAAAGUUCUGGCAGAGGAAUACACAGCUCUUCUUGAUCGUGGUUGGGAAAUCAAGGCCGGCAAGAUUGUCUCGACUAUCUCAGUAGCCGACGUCGAAUCCAAGGCCUUCCUCUUCGAUAUUGACUCUAGGGAUACUACCGAUUGUACUCGCCGAAUUCAGCUUCGUCUGCGUGGACUGGCACUCGUCGCCAAUACACACGUUUCUGAGGGCACAAAGUUCGCGAGCGAAGUCGCCCAUUAUCUCGGACCUCAAAGAUAUCGCACAGUGUUCGGCACUGAACUCCCAGAGUGCAUUCCUCCCGACUCUGACUCAGACGAUGAAGGUGCUGAGUUGACUUCUUCCGAAAAGGAUGAUCUGGAGAAUGCGAUGUCACACGAAAACAUGGACGAGACCGAGAAUGUCCAAACCAGCAUCGAGUUGGAUGAGGAAAAAGGCAAGGUUUCGGAUGAGGAUGAAAUCGAGGUCGACAAGGUUGUCCAAAUCAGCGACGAGUCGGACGAGGACAAGGGCGAGGUUUCUGACGAUGAUGACAAUCAAUAGAUUGUCGUCGCUGAUCAAGUCGACCAGUAUAUCGGACAGUUAGAUACUUGAAGACGUCCGUAGCACAUCAUGCGUUCACCUGGAGGCCGUAUCGGUUGAAGUUUAUAGCCCUUAGGGUCACCCUUUUUUCCCCAUACUACACGAAUCGUCUUUUGAAGGACAACCUGAAUUGAAAUUUUCCAUAC